CUCGUCGCAAAGGCCCGGUUCUGGCGGUUUCUGAUGCAAAUCGGUAUGGCGAUCCAUAAGGUCGCUCCACCACUUCCACUAAGUCCCGCCUGGGAGACCACGAUACACGUCCCCAAAGACCCAGCAAACGGCGAGAAAGGUGGAAAGAUCCCUCUAGCCUUCUACGCGCCCCGCACCCACCGCAUCUCCCUCUCCCUCUCCCACCCCGUGUCAACAGUGAAGAGACCCCUCGUGGUCAACUUCCACGGCGGCGGCUUCACGAUCGGUAACCACCACGACGAUUGUCGGUGGUCUACAGCCCUCGUACAAAACUGCGGUACAAUCGUCUGUAGCGUCGGAUACCGUCUGGCGCCCGAGUAUGCGUUCCCAACGGCUGUGGAAGAUGGCGUUCGGGCUAUCAUGUGGUGUUAUGAACGGAGGGAGCAGCUAGGUAUCGACAUCAGUAAAAUCGCCAUAUCAGGCUUCUCAGCAGGCGGAAACCUCUCCAUCACAGUCCCCUUACUCUUAGCCCAAAAGCUAAAAGACAUGGAAAACCCAUGCCCCGGCCUCAAGAUCCGAGCAGUCGUCGCACACUACCCAUCCACAGACUUCACCCGUACCCGCGCCGAACGCCGAGCGUCGAAUCUCAGGCCCGAUCUUGGGCUUCCGCAGUUUUAUACUGAUUUGUUCGAUUGGAGUUAUAUUGGGACGGAUUUUGGGCAUGUUUCGCCGUAUGCGGCGGAUCCGCUGCUUUCUCCGUUGAGGGCGCCGGAGGAGGUGUUGCUUGAGGGGUUACCUUCCUCGAUUCAGAUUAUUGGGGCGGAGUUUGAUGAGUUGCGGCUCGAGGAAGAGAAGUUUGCCGAGAGGCUCCGGAGUAUUAACACCGCCUCGAGUGGGACGGGCAUGAAAGGCAAGAGGUUCCGCGUCGACUACGUCCAAGUCAAAGGCGAAGGCCACGCAUGGGAUCGU